AAAAAACUCGAUAGAAUUCGAUUCUUCUUUAUAAUUAUUAUAUAUAUCUGUCUAGAGAGGAUAAUUUUGUUGUCACUUGUCUGCUACAUUGUUUUGCUCAAGCUGUUGUCGGUGUUCUCUUGGCCUAGACACAUUACACUCUCUCCCUUCAUUCAACUGGUAAGACGGUCCCUGGACCAAACAGGAUGCUGCUUUUAAAGGGCGACAAUUGUUCCCACAGCUGAGAAAGCAGCUGUACUUACCGGAUGCCCGUAUGUAAGGUUGUGAUGAUGUCUUAUGGGCAGGUAUCUCCCUCCCUCCCUUCCUAUCCACUACAUUAAACAGCUGUUGCUUCACACGUCUAACUACAGGAUAUACAGUGUGCUACUUGUAUAAAUAUCUACUUUUUGUAUAUUUCUAUAUCAAAAUUUGGUUUUUGGGGUGCAUUUAAUAAACAAAGCAAUACUAAUUAAGUAUUUUAUUUCUAAAUGCAUCAAAAGAAACAAAAAUAGCGUAAAAAAAUGUUGUUAAAAGUAAACUUUUUGCGUCAUUUUUCUUUGCAGUUCUCUGUUUAUUUUAAUGCUGUGUUUAUGAAGAAAAUAUAUUAUUUAAGUCCCUCAAACACUACUAAUUAAGAACAAAGUAAGCGACGUAAUCAAAUACUAUCCCUGUGUAGCAUCUUUUAAAAUUAACUCUGACAAGGACGGGAUGAAAGAGUGCGAUCACCUCCAUAGUCCCACUUUUCCAUUGUACCAAUGGUUGAAUGAGUUCAACCUCCUCCCCCUAAUAUGCUAAGGUCGUGUUGGACCAAUGUCAGCAUUGGGUGGCUGCAGUUCGCGAGGCGAGGUUUACGUCACGGUUCACAGUUUAGAUCCGCCACUCCCGAUCUAACUUUUGACUGUUUGUAUACUACUUUUUUACAGUGUGAUAAUAUGUUGAAACACGUUCAUUCCUCAUCUUCGAGCCUCUCUACGUAUCGUUGUAGUGGACGUGAUAAUGUUAGUGUCACCAGUUUGGGUAGUAGUGGUGCUCAAGAUCCACUUUCUAGCAGAUCUAGCAGUUCCAGUAGUCUUCACGAACCUAAUCUUCACACUCAAAAGGUUCCAUUAAAAAUCUAUGCUCGAGUUUUAUGCUCGGAUAUCGAAUACAAAACAAUAUCCGUAGGAUAUCACACGACUAGCAAAGAGGUAGUUCGGAUGUUGCUCGGAAAAUUUAAGAUGAAACAUAGAGAUCCGAAUUUAUUUUACCUUACAAUGGAAGUAUGGGUGAGAAAAACAGGCAUUCCCAUACAAACAAUGAUGGUCUUAGAUGAUGAAGCUUGUCCUAUUAAGUUACAAAGUUGUCAUCCUCACGGAGAAUCAAAAUUUUCAUUACAAAUGAAGAGAGGCGGUUUAGUAAAAGUGUAUGAUAGUUGUCUAAUGGCGGGGUCAAUGUACAAAAGUUUAUUAGUAUCGGAAAGAACAACAGCCGAAGAAUUGAUUCAAUUAUUGUUGCAUUGUUAUAAUUCGACGGAGAUGCCUUCGAAAUUUUCGUUAUAUGAAUUAUGUUUUAUGAGAAAAUACGAAAGAAAACUAAAUGUUAACGAACAACCUCUACGCAUCCAACAGAACUGGCCACUUCCAGGACAAUACGCCUUUCAGUUGAGGAGGAAUCCUAAUAAUACGCCAAUUAAAAGGAACCAUUGGCUUUUUUAUCAAGAAAAACCGUUGCAACAAACAAGAAAUGAAAUCCAUCUACAUCAUCAUCAACAUCAACAGCAACAUCAACAGCAUGAAAUUCAUUCAGAAACAUUACAUUCAUCCCAACCAGUUUUCAAUGAUUACGAAAACUAUUUCUAUAUUUAAAAGUUCAAAAAACAUCUUUCAUUUAUUGUAAAUUUUCUAGUCAUACAAUGAAAGUUUAUCAUUUAUAUU